AUGAUCAACGUUGUCGAACUUGCUCAGAAGGCAUUUGACAGGGAUGACAUACCAUGGAAGAAUAUCGUUUCUACACUUACAAUCUGCCAGUAUGCAUUUGAAACGUACUUGAACUACCGCCAAUAUAAGGAAUUGGCUAAAAGAUCAGUUCCAGAACUUUUAAAAGAUCACCAUUCGGCCGAGCAUAUUGAAAAGUCCUCUGAAUAUUCCCGCGACAAUCUCAAGUGUACUAUGUUCAGUGAUUUCCUAUCGUUACUCUCUAAUUUGGCUAUCAUCAAGUAUGAUCUCCUACCCCGUGUCUGGAACUUGUGUGCUAAAUACACCAGCAUGCUACCUGCAAUAUUAGUUCCCAAAACUAUUUAUUCUCAAUCAGUAUACUUUUUCCUAUUUGGAACUAUUCUCAGCACUAUAGCUCAUGCUCCAAUUAAGUACUACAAGAUUUUUGUCAUCGAGGAGAAGUUUGGCUUCAAUAAAUCAACCGUAAAGCUUUGGCUCAGUGAUCAAUUUAAAACAGUCGCGUUAUUUUCUUCGCUCGGUGGUCUAUUUACAUAUGGAUGCCUAAGAAUUAUCGAUGCAUGUUCUUCUAAUUUUGUUGGCUAUAUCUGUGCUUUCGUCCUAUUUGUUCAGCUGUUUUUGAUAGUGGCAUCUCCAAUUAUUAUAGAGCCAUUGUUCAACACGUUCAAGCCGUUAGAAGAUGGUGAGUUAAAGAAAUCUAUUGAGAACUUGGCACAACGUGUUGGUUUCCCUUUGAGUAAUAUUUCUGUUAUCGAUGGCUCCAAAAGGUCAUCCCAUUCUAAUGCUUACUUUUCAGGUCUACCAUUUAUGAACAAACGUAUUGUGUUAUUUGAUACUUUAAUUGAGACUCAUACCACGGAGGAACUUACUGCCGUAUUGGGCCAUGAAAUAGGCCACUGGAGAUUGAACCAUAUUUUCAAGAGAGUUAUCGUUGGUCAAGCUACCAUUGCAUUCACCAUGACUCUGUUUAAUAGCUUAUACAGGAAUAAGUCUCUCUACCAAGCUUUCGGCUUUUUGGUUGGCGAUGGUGUUUCUUCGAAGUCAUCACAAGUUGUAUUAUCUUCCUUCCCAAUAUAUAUUGGCUUCAUGCUAUUCAGUGAUCUCUCCAGUCCAAUUGAGUGUGUUUUACAGUUUUUCUCCAGUCUCCUCUCCAGGUUGGACGAAUAUGCUGCAGAUGAUUACUCUAGAAGUUUGGGGUACACUGAAUCAUUGGCAGCUGCCCUCGUUCGGUUAGACAAGGCUAACUUAUUGCCUGUUCAUGUCGAUAAAUGGUACUCUACUUAUCACUAUUCGCACCCAACUUUAAUUGAAAGAUUAAGUGCGUUAGAAUUUAACAAAAUUACCAAAAGGGAAUAA